GUACACUCGAGUAAGGCUUACCUAAGUUACUGGUGCAAACGAUAUGUGCAUACUUAUUAUUUUCACAUCUUACUGACUGUUGCUUUCUACUUGCACGAGCUUUCUAUGCUGCUACGUCUCGUUCCGAAUCACAGUGACCAAUUGCAUGUUGUGAGUGAUCAAAUAGAGCUUUGUCACACACAUAGAGGAUUCGCAAAAAAGAAUCGAUUCAUCGAUAGGUUUUCAACCACCCUAUUGCAAUGUCGGAACACUAAUGUCAGUUUGUAAUUUGUUAUUUGUUGCAUGUUUACUAUAAAAAUAUUUAUUAGUGAAACCGAGCUCUUAUUAAAAUAAUGGCAGAAAAAAAUGGAAAAAUGCUGUUCAAACAAAGAAAAAUAAAAGGACUAAAGAGGGAAGAACUGUUAGCUAUGGACAAAAACGACUUAGUAGAAAAGAUAAUACAAUUAGAAGCUCACAAUGAACAGUUGAAAAACAUUAUAAAUAAAGGUUUAGGAGAGAAUAAUAGUGCCAAAGAACCGAGUGUGGCUGACAGAAAGUUUGAUUUUAAUAAAUGUCACUACCGUCGAAUACUCCUGCGAAUCCUUUAUUUUGGAUGGAACUACCAAGGUCUGGCAGUACAGGAAGACUCAACUCAGACUAUAGAGCACCAUCUCUUUCACGCAUUAAAAAAAACAUGUUUAAUAGAAAGUAGAGAAACGUCUCAAUAUCAUAGAUGUGGGAGGACUGAUAAAGGAGUCAGCGCUUAUGGACAGGUGAUAUCAAUAACGGUACGAAGCAAACAUGCGCUAUCUGAGCAAAACCGCACUAGCUCCAUAUCCUCAGAGUUGCCUUACUGCAAAGUCUUGAACAGACUGCUGCCGAAAGAAAUCCGCGCGGUCGCCUGGAUGCCGAUAACUGAUGAAAGUCCAGAAUUUAGUGCAAGAUUCGAUUGCAAGAAACGUCUAUACAAAUACUACUUUCCAAAAUCCUCCCUCGAUAUCAACGCAAUGAGGGACGCGUGUCGUUACCUGAUUGGCUCGCACGACUUCCGCCAUUUUUGCAAAAUGGACGUCGGGAACAACGUCACGGAGUUCCGCCGGCAAAUAUUGGAGGCGGAUGUCGGCGCUUUGGACGAAAAGGAUUCUGAUAAUGCCACAUCGAUGUAUAUGCUGAUGAUAGCAGGAAACGCUUUCCUCUGGCAUCAAAUCAGGUGUAUAAUGGGAUUGCUGUUAUUAAUUGGGCAAGGAAGAGAAUCGCCAACUGUUAUUAAGGAGUUGCUAGAUGUGGAGACUAAUCCAAGAAAACCUCAGUACACCAUGGCGCUUGACGUUCCCCUUAACUUAUUCCACUGUACUUACGAUGUGGACAAAGAUUGGGUUUAUGAUGAAGAGGAACUGAGAACUGUUAUUGCUCAUUUACAGAGUGAUUGGACGAUGCAUAGUGUGAAAACAUCCAUGAUAAAAGAUUGCAUGUUAAAUUUAGAAGCGAUUCUCGAUAGCUUACCAAAAGGGAAAGAGAUGGCAGAUAGCAAAGAGAAUGUAUCAGAAAGAGACAGAGUGAUGGCUCACACGACCUGUUUGUUACAAGGCGUCACACCAAGAAAUUAUACUCCAUUGUUGAAACGGGUCACAUGUUCUACAUUAGAUGAAAGGAUAGAAUACUAUAGGAAGAAAAGAAAAAUUGCCAUCGUUGAAUAAAUUUACACAAUCUAUUGCCGUACUGUUAAGUAUGAACACUUUUCUAAAUAAAUAACUUAAUAAA